CGCCACACGCACAGCAGAGGCAGUGAUUGAAUUGAAGCUGGGUGAGAGAAGAUGGGGUUCCUCAAAGAAGACAAGACCUUGAACAGAGUAGCGUUCGUGGUUCCCAGAUGGAUCAAAACCCUGUUUUUCUUGAUCACCAUGUUGAUUUCUCUGCUGUUAUUCUCCGCCCCCAUUCUCCUCGCUGUCGCCGACGCCCUUCUCCCCUCCGCCUUCUUGUCCGCCUCCCUCUCCCCUUCCUCGCUCAAUCUGCAGACCUUUUCUUCUCACCUCAGCAACUACGACUUUCGUUACUCCCUCAUCGAUAUCCCCCUCGUCUCCAUCAUCCGCUCCGCCAUCAUAUUAUGUGUUUACAGCUUCUGUGACGGGCCACGGCUGUCAAGGGGGCCGUACUUGGCGAUCGCCACCGUGUGCUCGGCGGCGUCGCUGGUGUUUGUUUCGUUGAAGGCUUCGUACGUGUUCAUGAUGAGCAGCUACAGUAGUCACUCGAAAGGCGGAUACGUGAGAGCAAUGGAGGCGGCACUGUUCGUUUCGUCGUUGGGGCUGGCGAUCGGCCACGUAGUGGUGGCGUACAGGACCAGCUGUAGGGAGAGGAGAAAGCUUCUGGUAUACAAGAUUGAUAUCGAAGCUGUCUCCGCUUGCAAGAAUGGAUUUCCGAGAUAUCAGAAAAUACUCCAAGAAGCACGAGCAAAGUGAAAAAUGAACCAACCUAUUUGUUCUAACCUGUCCGUUUUUUCCUCAGAUUCAGGUUUCAGUUUCAUCCAAAGGAGAUCGGUAGCCUGAUGCCAACUGAAGUUGCAGAGUUACACAAGCCAUAGACUAGGAGUAGAUACGGCAUUUUUGUAAACGUAUAUGCAUACGUGUAUAGUGUAUAAUAUAUACGGAUACGUGUAUAAUGUAUUGGUGGUCAGUUUCAGUGUUUAGGCAGUAGUGAGUCCACAGAGUGGUGUCGAUUACAUGUAAAUAUAUAGAAUUAUGUGAAUUUCCAAGAACUGCUGCAGGUGUUCUCAUAUAAAUUAUGGUGAGAUUAUGCUACCGCAGGGUUCAUUUAUGGGAGAAAUUGAAAUUUGAUUUUAUAUCCUAA